UAGCUCACUAUGUCUUAGUUUAUAUAUUCAACUCUUCCUCUCAUCGUUUUCAAAUGUUCAUGAACAUGAAAACAAAUAAUCAGUUAAUCAUCUAUCAUAGUUUCUCAGUUAGCUUCAUAUUCAAAUGCAUCAGAGUUCUCCUGAACAGAUCUAUUGGUCUCUUGCCUUAAAUUAGCCGACAUUUCUGUUUUUUUUUCUUCUCUCUUAUUAUAGUUUUCACAUCGUUUAAAAUUCAUAUCUGUAAGAAAAAAGAGAAAGAAUGUCAAGAAAACCAUGUUGUGUGGGAGAAGGGCUGAAGAAAGGAGCAUGGACCAUCGAAGAAGACAAGAAACUCAUCUCUUACAUUCAUGAACAUGGUGAAGGAGGAUGGCGUGACAUUCCCCAAAAAGCUGGACUAAAACGAUGUGGAAAAAGUUGUAGAUUGCGAUGGGCUAACUAUUUGAAACCCGAUAUCAAGAGAGGAGAAUUUAGCUACGAGGAGGAACAGAUCAUUAUCAUGCUUCACGCUUCUCGUGGCAACAAGUGGUCAGUCAUAGCAAGACAUUUACCCAAAAGGACAGACAAUGAGAUCAAAAACUACUGGAACACACAUCUCAAAAAACGUCUGAUCGAUCAGGGAAUCGAUCCCUUGACCCACAAGCCACUUGCCUCUAACCCUGACCCAGCCACUCCCAAGACUUCUGACUCAAAAUCUAGUAGCCAAGAUGAGCAAUCACACUCUGCAGGUUCGAUGUCUCCAAAAUCUCUUCCUCUCUCUUCAGGCUCAAGCAAUAUACUUGAGAUAAGCAACAGUGAAGAGACACCAAGGAACUAUGGUUCCUUGAGCCCCAAGAAAUCCUGUUUUAAGAAAUCGAGUUCAACGUCAAAACUGUUAAACAAAGUUGCAACUAGGGCAGCUUCUCUUGGCAAUAUCUUAUCAGCUUCCAUGGAAGGAACCUUGAUCCACUCUACAACACUGUCUCCAUGUCUCAAUGAUGGCUUGUCCGAGACAAGUCAAUUUCAGAUGGACGAAAUUGAUCAUAUAGAGGAAGAUAUCGACGUGAACUUUGAUUUCAACAAUUCCGAAUACGAUUUCUCGCAGUUUAUGGAGCAGUUUAGUAAAAAUUCAUUCGAGGAAGCAGGUGACAUUUUAGGAUAUGAUCAAGAUCUCCUUUUGUCUGAUGUCUCAUCAACAAGCGUUGAUGAAGACAGUAUGAUGACAAACAUUACCGGUUGGUCCAGUUAUCUUGUUGAUGAUUCCGACUUUUGUUAUGCCACGAACCAAGACUAGUGGACAAGAACUUCAUAUGUUGCUCAUAGUCUAUAGGUUUACUAUGUAAUAAAUAAGGGUUUCUCUUAACUAGUGAUCAUGUAAACUCGUGGAUCAGUUAGUAUCUGAUUUACGGGAGAUGCGAGUUUUUUAAAUAAAGCUUGUAUUUGUAUAUUAUUCUUAUUAAUAAAACAAUGUUUUGUUA